AUGGAUAACUUCUACCUCGAUGAAGGUGUCGCAGAGUUAUCUACCUUCUUUCUCGGCAGUGCUAAGAUUUAUUUCAAGAACCUGUCCUUCCCCUUCCCUCUUUUUGGUGCCAAGGUUUUUAACAUCGAUAAUGUUGCGAAGCUCAAAGAAAAGCUUCAAGUCAAUCAAUUGGCGCGAAUGGAACCAAGAUAUUAUAUAUCUGCUACGAUCAGCGAAGAUCUUCUGCGGCAAACCAUUAUCCAAUCUGAUAUAUCUGAGGAGAAUCUAAAGUCGACCACCGAUCCUCCUUUCCUGUCAUUGCCGGACGGUUAUAAAAUACUCUGUCUAUAUGGCAAACACCGUGUUGAAGUGGCAAAAGAGCUUUUGUACUCUGGCGAUCAUUGGUGGGCUGUGAAUCUAUUUCGAGAUGAUCUCCCCGAGAAUUUAGUACGCCAUCUGCGUGCGCUUAAUGAUGAUCACAUGGACGCAGGCGAUGCUUUGCGCAAUUUACGGCAUAGUAAGCUGUCCAACUACAGUGGCGAUGAGAUCGAAUACUGGGAGUCUAAAAUAUCUCGUCGCGGGAGGGAAGAUCUCAAGCGAUUGGAAGAUAGGUACCCGCGAAUUUCGCGGGCCCUCGACCAGCUAAUUGUUUUUCCGGGUCUAUGGCCUGAUAUAUCUAUUACUUUCAUCAGAAGGCUCGUAGAGUGCAGUUGUCCUAGUGAGAUCUCUAAUUAUCUGAACUUAAUCUAUAACAUCUGGUCAACUCUAUUCUCAUGGAACUCAACUCAUGUUGACGUGAACUCAGUCCGCCUCGUGGAAAAUCUGAUGCCGGAAUCCAAUGCUGACCAACGGCAUAUAGUGACCUUGAUGGACCAGAGUGUGCUUUUUCCGUCUGUUGUCGACGGCAGCGACCGAGCAAAGUUACUCUCUGGUUUGUUGGAUAUUAAGGGAAGAAUCUUAAGCUUGCGGUCCCUGAUUCAAGAUACUCUGCUUUUGGAGCCAUGUGCAAAGGCACUGCAACGACUUGUUCCCUCGAAAUCUAAGGAUGUGAGGGAUGCUCUUAUGCGCAGGUUCGAUGGUACGACCCCAACCUGGGCCGUCCAGGUAUCUGAGAGUGCCACAGAGUUUAUUGGUAAUAACUCUGCAGUCUCGUCACUAUUGUCGCAGAGAAUCAUAGCGACUCUUGCAUAUGUGCAACUAUGGUUGUUUGCCAUACGUCAUAUAGAAAGUCUGACUGACACCCAUCUAGCAGGGCCACGUAAUCAGCGCUGCAAUGAAGACUUCAUAUACCGAGAAACUGAACCAGAAUUCAACAGCCAGCUUGCCACAUUGGCUCAGACAUUGGGAUUCAGGUCUUCUCAGAUAGACUCACUUUGCAGAAAGGUCACGGCAAAACCAAGUGCUCGGGCGUAUCUUCUUGGCCGGCGCCCACCCGAACGCUAUGCUUACCCUCAGGACUGGGCUGAGAGGGGGGCAUCUAAGAUUGUUGAUGUCCUUAAAUGGCCGAGACCAAAGAGCGCUCAACAGCCGGUGAUGCCAGCCCUUGCCUGGGAGGGAGAAGGCGGGUUCUCGAUUGUCCAAAAGCGCUGUGGCUUGCCUCAGCGGAAAACACACGCAAAGGACAAGCAAUUUGUGUUUAUCCCACAGAUAUAUCGUCCGGCUCAUCUGUCAGGAGAACACCCAACUACCUUUGCUGUCUUGCAGGAUAUUAUCUUUUGCUUUUUUGGUCGAUAUCCGUUUCCUGCUGGGUUCAAGGCCUCGUGGUGGGAUACGUCAACGGAUACACUGUGUGCAACCCCUACGGAGGGAAGUCAUAAUAUUACGCAUUCACCGGCAUUGUCAGCACAUUUUCAGCCUGAAGUUGGUAAAAAUAGUGGUCAAACAGAGGACAUGUCUUCCCCUGUGUCUAUGGAACCUCACCCCCCUGGAACACCAGAUUAUAAUGACAAGGAGCCAAUGCAGAGCGAAGUGGAAGGACCUCCAGCGACUCCUAGCGAAAUUGUCUCGUGGGAACUAAUUUCAAGGCCUCCGAUAGCGGUUGGAUUUGAGGACGAUUCACAUAUUGCCCCGCUAGGGCAGCGGACAUUUAUGGCUCAUCACCGGGGAGCAAAGGAGAUCCUGGAUACUUGGUAUCAAUCCGGGGACCCAUCUUUGGUCAUCUUUUACUUUUUCAAGGAGCGACGAUAUUGCAAGUUUCAGCUUAAUCACCCAAGUUUAGAAGAGCACCUCCGUGACUUGAUUGAUCCAAUCUCCAACGACCAUUAUUUUGCGGACCCUACUGAAGGCCUGGUCAACUCGGACGACAUCAUAGAUCGUAUCUGCCAUAUGCGAGUUGUUUUAGCAUAUACCGAGCCUGCGCAUCGACAUGCCCCAGGUGCGGACUUGAUGCAGUACGUCUACUCUUUUGAUAAUCACACCGGGAAAAGAAGGGAACGUGACGAACGUCAUGAUAAGCAAGAUGGCUCAUCAGCGCGAAGCAAACGGCAAACUAUGGGGCAGCCAUCUGAAAGUAUAGAUUCUAUAGACGAAGAACUUUAA